GAUCAGUCAGAGACAAACAACACUCUCAUAUAACUGCUGCUAAGAGUCACUGAGUUGAAAGGGCACUGCUGCUUUCUGUCCAACACAACCAUGACUUUCAUGCCAAUAAUAAGAAAUAAAAUCUGAAAAAGGAGGAGGAAUGCUCAGGCACUGUCAGAAGUGUGGGACCCUGUGGCUAGAUGGUCCCUUUAAAGCACCUGAGCGUAAAGGACCCUGAUGAGGGCAGUACUCCGGAGCUUGUGGAAGCAGGAAGCUCCAAGACCUCCGGCACCAAGCAUCGGAGAGAAGAGUCCAGAGAAUUCUUCCUCAACCAGCAGAAAAACUUUGCUCUGAGCCUUGUCCUGCUUCUGGGCUGUUAUUCAGCACUUCUUGUCCCUGCAUAUCUGCCUACUCAGCAAUCCAUCUGGAGUGAGAGAACCACCCCUCAGUCCGUGGUUCUGAUCAAUCGCUCUGCAGCCCUGUUGUCUCAGCCAUGCAGCAGCAGCUGGAGCACAGCGAGGCUGAGCACAAUACCUCAGUUCCGCAGCCUGCUGGACAUCCCUGUCUUCCUGCAGAAUGUAACGGCAGAGUGGGAGCUGUCGCCCCCGCUGGGCCUGCAGGGCAGUGAAGAGACACUGGCCCACACCCUCAAAGCUCUCCCCCUUUCUGGGCUGCCCUCUGCCCCAGAGAGAUGUAGAAGAUGCAUGGUGGUGGGGAGUGGCGGAGUCUUGCAUGGCAAACAGCUUGGAACCCAUAUAGAUAAAUAUGACAUCAUCAUCAGGAUGAACAAUGCACCGGUAUUUGGAUUUGAGACGGAUGCCGGUUCAAGAACUACCAUUCGACUGGUCUAUCCUGAAGGGGCCCCCUUUUCACAACAGGAAUACCAGAAGACGGAUAUAAUUGCUUUAGUUGUAUUCAAGAGCCUGGAUUUAGAGUGGCUUGCCUCUGUUGUGGCAAAGAAGCCUUUGAGCUGGUGGUCUAAACUGUGGUUCUGGAGGCAUGUGGUCAAUGAGAUUCCACUUCAGCCAGAAAGCUUUCGCAUACUGAAUCCUGAAAUACUGAAGAGGACAUGGCAUGUAAUGCUAUCUUACAAACAACAGCAAAGAAAGACUGUUCCUACUCUGGGGAUCAGCGCGAUGGUGCUGGCGCUGCAGCUGUGUGAUGAAGUGAGCCUGGCUGGGUUUGGCUAUGACCUUCAGCAGCCUGGAGCCCCGCUGCACUACUAUGAGACUCUGCGCAUGGACGCCAUGAUGGCACAAGUAGUGCAUGAUGUCAGCACUGAGAGCCUCUUACUGCGGGAUCUAGUUAAAGCUGGAGUCGUGCGUGACCUCACAGGUGCGCUAUGAUGAUCUCACAGCGUCUCUGGGUCCUCCGUGCAGCACCACUAUUAUUAGAAACUCAGAGAACAAGUAAAAGAUUGGGUUUCAAAGCAAGAUGCAAAACAACAUAUGAGUGAAAAAAGGAGACACAAAAAAAAUCAACCACUUGUGGAGAUGGUUUGUUCAAUGUGGCAAAUGCAUGACCCACAAGCGGCUGCAGAUACGAAAUGGGAAAAAAGAAAAAACUCUAGGUUUAGGAUACACUCUUAAAAUUAGCAUGAACUCUUUUAGCCCAGUAAGAGUAAUUUCAGAAUUAAAGGGAAUGUUAAGGCAAAAACUCAAAUGUACACAGUUUUCCCACUUACCCUAGAUGUAGUAAGUUACAAAAGCCAAGACUUGUUUGGUGUCCAAAUUUUGCGUCCUUGGUUUAGCCCUGGACCUACGAGGCUAACAAUGCUAACUAACAAAUACUGAAAGUUAUCUUCGCUGCAGGUUAAAUACAUCUGCAAAAAACUCUCAGACCACAUCCAGGUCUUCAUUAAGGUCGCACAGACUUAUUAAUGUGGUUUAGAGGACAGUAUGACUUACUGAGAACUAUAAAAACGACCAAAUCUUCUCUGUGUAGCUGAACACAGCCACUUUAGAGAAGAGGUGCUGUGCCGAAUUCCGACUCCUUCGCAGAAACUGCCUCCCAAUCGCGUGCACGCGCGUCUCCGGUUUACAUUCACAAUUUCUGCUGUUUCGUCUUAGAAACAUAUAUCUUUAUUUUGAAAAUACAACUGACAGUUAUAGAAAGAAACAAUACAAAUUGCGAACAAACUCUGUAUGGUCCACAUGCCUACGUAACUUGAAGAGCAGUCAAAUUUAGGCACAACACCGGAAAUGUGUAAAUUCAGCAUUCAUUUUUAUAGUUCACAGUAAGUCGCACUGUGUCCUAAACCACAAGUCUGUGGGAAAUUAAUAAAGGGCUGGAUGUGGUUUGAGCUGGCUGAGUGAAGUUUUGGGGAUGUAUUUACGGAACGGUAUCUCAUAUCACAAAAAAAUUGGACACCACACACAUCUUGGCUGACAUCUGAGGUAAGAAGGAAAAUUAUGUAAAUUAGAUUUUUUGCUGAAGUAUUUCUUUACGUUUCCAUGGUGUGCACUACUGUUUAAGGCACUAUUAUCCAGCCCAACUCAUCAGAUCAUCAGAUAAAAUGUAAAAGGUCUCAUAACACAUGUAUGAUUACUCAGAGUAUUUUAAGGCAUUUUUAAUAAAAUUUCCUUUACAACAUU